AUGGUUUUGAAGAAAAAAGUGAUCGGUAGUUGGAGAAGGCCAACUAAUGAGUCUCAAAGUAGAGCGAACGCGGAUGGUAAAAAAUCCCCCGGGCACAAGAGCCACACGAAAAUCCACUUGGGACAUCAAAAAUCAAAAGAGCCACAAAUAAAGGCGGUCAAGACACGACUACAAUGCAGAUCAGGACUCAACCUUGCGAUGAAACUAACAGACGAAGAGCAGCCUAAAUUGCAAGUAUGCGGAGUCAAGUCUGAUGGACCAGAGACGAUUUUUUACCUGAUUCCCGUGGGGCUCCGACAAGUGGCGAUUCAACAAGUGGAAACGCAAUGUUACGUCGGGAUGAAUGCUUCAGGGAAACUUUUUCCUGCUGAGACGUAUACCAAUGAGUGCAAAUUCAAAGAAAAUGUUUACGAAAAUUACUGGUGUAUCUACAGCUCUGUGCAGUAUAAGACCGUCAAUCCCGAUAAGCAGAGGCCGUGGCAUAUUGGAAUUAACGAUAGUGGCAGAUCUGUGAGAGGGUCAAAAGCGAAGAAAGACAAGGAAGUCUCUCAUUUUCUUCCUCAACCUAUUGAAGUACACAUGAUGCGGGAACCAUCGCAAGCAGAGCCUCUACUUGGCCCGUCAAGAAGCAGUUCAGAAAUACAACAUUCGAGUACAGAAUUCAACGGCUCGAAGAAUGUUUAA